CAUGAUCAAAUAAAUAAAUAGUGCGAAUUUUGUGUUGAAGUAUUUUGAGAAUAGGGUGUAGAUCAUGGGAGAAAAGAGUAGGUUUUCACCGUUUGUUAAACAAUGUUACGUGACGGGGGCGGUGUGCUGCAACACCAUCGGCCACGGCUGCAUGCUGGGGUUCCCAGGGGUGCUGCUGCCGCAGCUUGUUCAACCUGACUCACCCAUCAUACUGAACAAGGAUAUGGAGUCUUGGAUAGCAUCAGUGUUGGCGAUAUCAAUGUUCUUCGGCAACUUUAUGACACCUCCAAUCAUGGGUCGACUGGGACGUAAAGCAGCACAUUAUGCCGUCACGCUGCCUGUCAUGGUGGGAUGGAUUGUCAUGAUACUCGCCACCAGCCCCGAGGCGCUACUCAUCGGCCGAAUACUUCACGGCAUCUCAAUGGGCAUGAUGUUGCCUCUCCGCUCCGUGCUCAUCGGCGAGUACACCAGCCCGCACAACCGCGGCGGGUUCCUCACCACCAUCGCCCUCGCCCAGUGCUUCGGCAUUCUCUUCGUCCACCUCGUCGGCUCCAUCCUCAGUUUCCAGCUGACAGCUCUCAUCUCUCUAUUCUUCUCCUUCAUCAGUAUCCUCAUGACUAUUUACUCUCCAGAAUCACCAAGCUGGCUUGCAACAGAGGGACAUUAUGACAAGUGCAGAAAAGUCUUCAUAUGGCUGAGGGGAGAAGAGGAAAUACCAGAGCUUGAUAAGAUGAUUGAAGCCAGCAAACUGUUGGAGCAACAACAAGCAAAGCAAGGCCUGAAAGAGAUUGUAUCAAUUGCGAAGAAGAAAGAGUUCUUCAAGCCUGUUUUACUCAUGUUUGCCUUAAACAUCACAGUGAACUUUGCGGGAGGUACAAUAUUUGCUGCCUAUUCAACAAGAAUUUUGCAUUUGCUCAUGGGCCCUGAUAUUAAUGCUCACUUCUGGAUGGUUGCGUUGGAUACACAGAGAUUAUUGUUUAAUAUCGGCGCGGUUUAUGUUAUAAAUAAAACUAGUAGGAGGACUAUGCUGUUCGCAACAGGAGCGCUCUGUGCUGGAAGCCAUCUUGCUCAGGCUGCUUAUGUCUUUGCACAAACUAACGACUUGCUGCCGUGUGACUCUAUAUGGAUACCUGGAAUUUUAGUAAACCUGCAAAUUAUAUCCGUUGCUGUAGGACUCGUUCCAUUACAAGGUGUGAUAGCUGGCGAAGUCUUUCCCUUACAAUACAGAAGCCUCGCUGGAAGCGCAAGCCUAAUAUCAAUUUCUAUUUCAACAUUUUUAGCUCUUAAAACUUUUCCUGGUCUGACAUCUUCUGUAGGUUUACAUGGGACAUAUGUGCUGUAUGUAGGAAUAAUAACAGCAGGUCUGGUGGUGGCGUGGUUCUUACUGCCGGAGACGAGAGGCAGGACGUUGCAGCAGAUCGAGGAACAUUUCAGAGGAGAGCGUUGUGAGCCUGAACAUGAUAAAGAACUAGAAAUACUAAAUAGAUCUGAGAGGAAAAAAAUGUUUCCUUAA